AUGGGAAAUAGCAAUCCACUCACGAUUGCGGUCAUCGGCUGCGGAACUCUGGGUACCGCAAUUACGAAAGGAAUACUCAAUCCUUUGGAAAAGCAGGGUGUCGCCAUAAACCGUGUCAUUGCCACAGUCGGUUCCGAAGCCUCCAAACGUCGCGUCGAGCGGGAGCUGUCUAAAUCUUCAGCGCAGCUCAAGGUGUUUCUACAAAAAGACAAUGAAAAUGCCAUGCGCGACGCGGAUGUGGUGAUAAUAGCUACCAAGCCCGUCAAGAGAAGCGAGGUGUUCGCAGCUCAGGGUGUCAAGAAGGCCCUCAGGGGGAAGCUAGUCAUCAGCAUCAUGGCUGGGAUCUCAAUCAAAGAGCUCGCCCGCCUUGCGGUUGGAGAGAGAGAAUCGUCUGAUGAUCAAGCCCCGUUUCAGGCUGUCCGGGUGAUGCCAAAUAUGGCCGCCCAGAUUCGCGAGGCGUUGAGCCUGUGUACGGCGGAUUUCGAUACACUUACGGAAACCAACAAAGAGAUCGCGACAUGGAUCUUCAAUCAAGUGGGCCAAAGUCGCCUCAUACCAGAAAGCUCAUUUGACAUCUCCGCCGUUCUUGUCGGGUGUGCCGGGUCGCUUCUGCUAUUAGCUGUCGACGGUCUCCUCGACGCAGCUGUUGCUGAAGGUGUGAAGCGGCCAGACGCGCAAGAUAUGGCUUUCACCAGCGCCAUUGGUAUGAUGAAGUUGGUGCCUGCUGGAAACCAUCCGAGCGUCUUGCGGGAGAACAUUGCGUCCCCCGGAGGUUGUUCGAUCAGGGCACUGUUGGAGUUGGAGAGGCUAGGAGUCAGGUCAGCCUACACAAGCGCCAUCCUGGCGGCCGCGGCUCGAUCCAAGGAGAUGUCGAACUCUUAG